CUGAUAUUUACAAGCAACAGCACCAGAAUGAUUGAAGACUUCAAGAGGUCUAUGAUGCACGAAUUCGAGAUGACGGAUCUUGGUUUAAUGUCUUACUUUCUGGGUAUAGAAGUGAUGCAAAGAGAAGAUGGGAUCUUUAUCUGUCAAAAGAGGUAUGCCUCUGAACUGUUGAGGAGGUUUCAUAUGCAUAAUUGCAAUCCAGCAAGAACUCCUGUGGAGGUUGGAACUAAGUUGUUCAAGGAGGGUUAUGACGUACGUGUUAAUCCCACUUUCUUCAAGCAACUUGUUGGGAGUUUGAGGUAUCUCACAUGCACACGACCUGACAUCUCUUAUGGUGUUGGAUUGAUUAGCAAGUUUAUGGAGUUCCCUCGUCAAUCUCAUUUGCAAGUUGCCAAGAGAAUUAUGAGGUACCUAAAGGGCACUUUUGAUCAUGGUCUAUUUUACUCUUCAUCUAGCAAUUGUGCUCUUGUAGGUUAUUCUGACAGUGAUUGGGGUGGAGACUUAGAUGAUCGUAAAAGCACUACUGGUUAUUGCUUUAAUUUUGGCAGUACAGCUUGUUCAUGGUCAUCAAAAAAGCAGUCGAUUGUUGCACUUUCAACCUGUGAAGUAGAGUAUGUGGCGGUAGCCUCAAGUGCAUGUCAAGCAAUAUGGUUGCAAAGCUUGAAGAAUCAAGUUCGUGUCCCAAUUGAAGAACCUAUGAAGAUCUUUGUUGAUAAUAUUUCAGCUAUUAACUUGGCAAAGAACCCAGUCCAGCACGGAAGGAGCAAGCAUAUCGACAUAAGAUUUCAUUAUUCGCGAGACUUGAUUGACAAAAGGGUGAUUGAGUUAAAGUACUACAAGUCCGAAAAUCAAGUUGCUGAUAUCCUCACUAAACCUUUGAAGUAUGAAGCUUUUGUCAAGUUGAAGAGUAUGAUGGGAAUAUCUGCUCUACCGAAUCAGGAUUAAGGUGGGGAUGUUGGAGUUAAUCCCGAUUUUCAAGCUAAUUGUUUUUGAAUGAGUCCCAGUUAGUGGAGUUUAUGUGUCCUAUUAUUGUGGUUGCUGAUAACCACGUUUUCUUAUCUUUAAGUUUCAGUUUGUAGUGGCUAGAAAAUAGGAGUUUAUGCUUUAUUAGCCUAUUAUAAAUAGGCAGUUGUUAUUCAGUUUAACGUGUAAUUAUCUUCAUCUAUUUCGAGCAAUAGAAGUGCCUCUUUCUUCCUCUGUUCUGCUCUGUUUUUGGUUGUUUUGCUUUUAUCUCUUCUGCUACUUCAAGGCACCUCUAGGGAAUCUCACGAGCUCAAGGAUUUGGGUUCCCAUUUUCCUUCUUUCAGCAAGAUUAGAGCUCAUGGAGAACCCAAAUCUGGUUCUCUUGAUGAGAACCCACUUGGGUUUUGAAGGAUUUAGGUGAAUCGGGGAUGAGGUGAGUGUUUGGUUGAGAUUAUAGAAUAAUAGGAGGAAACAAAAAGUGAGGCGGUGAUGAUGAAUGAUGAAAGAGAGGAAACGAUGGAUAAAGUGGUGACUGGAGA